AUGGUCAGACUCGAUUCCAGAAGGGAUCAUGUAAACUAUCUGCCGCCUCUACAUGUGACCUAUCAACUUCUUGCAGGACAACGACCAGCCACUAAAUCUAGGUACCUAUGUGUUGGACUGCCAUCAGUGAAGAGCAAGACCGGCAGCUACCUGAUCCCCACGUUACAGUCCCUUUUCGCAACUACAUCCCCUAAAGAGCGCUCGUCCAUGGCGGUUGUAGUGUUGCUCGCAGAUUUUGAUGUCAGCUGGCGGACGGACAUGGUGAAGAAGAUCAAAUCAGAAUUCUCCUCGGCGCUACAGCAAGGUCACCUGUUGGUCUUUCAUGUUCCCGAGGAGAACUACUCACCUUUAACAGAUCAAAAGAGGAACAACGAUUCUUCAGCAAUAGUCGCGCAUCGCUCCAAGCAGAACCUGGAUUAUGCUUUCCUUGUGCAGUACAGCUUAGGCCUGGGCAGUUACUACCUUCAGCUGGGAGACGAGAUCUCUGCUGCAGAUAACUUUCCCACGAUCAUUAAAAAGUGCGUUGAGGAGCAAGAUGCCAAGAAGACAACCUGGGCGACGCUGGAGUUCUCCAGCCUUGCAUCCAUUGGGAAACUCUACAAGUCGACCGACCUUCCUCUGCUGGCACGUUUUCUUUUCCUCUUCCAUCAAAGAAUGCCCAGCGACUUGUUGACGUCUACAUUUCCACUGCUGCUCGCUCAGCAGAAGCCCAUCAUUGAGCAUUCACUGUUCAAACACAUGGGGACUCGUCAUCCCAAGACAUCAAGAAUGUAAAA